CUCUCGCCAUCACCCAGCACAAUGCCGACCUUCUCCUCCCGGCCCAUCCGGCCACGCGGCCGCGGCGGCCUCGCAGGCACCGUGCAGGGCCUGCUGCGGCGCCGGCCGUUCCUCGUCUUCGGCCUGCCCUUCCUGCUCACCAUCGCCGGCGGCUCGUACGGCCUCUCGUACCUGACGCAGACCAAGUUCGACUACAACGCCACGAAGGUGCGCAGCAUGGACAAGGCCGAGGAACUCGGCAUGCGCAAGGACAGGCGCAGGAUUGACAUUCGCGAGGAGUACUUUCGUCUCGAGUCGGCACAGGACGGGCAGAUCGAAGACUGGGAGCCGAAGCGCAUCGAGCGGCCAGCAGGCACGCCCGAGUGGGGCGUGGCACCCGAGAGCUCGCGUCGCGGCGUCCUGCACGCCGACGAGCGGCCUGCGGACACGCCGGACCCGUUCGCUGGGCAGACGGCCAAGACAGCGCGUAGUGGAAGCUCGACGAAAAAGCCGGGUGUGGUGCUGGGCCCAGACGGCAAGCCAUGCCGCGCCUGCAACUCGAAGCUGGCCUUUGCGCAGGCCAUGAAAGGCACAGGCGCGACCGCAAAAGCGCCGGCAUCUUCGCCGUCGGCAGGACCCUCAGCCGGUGGCGCAGCUGCUGCCGGUGCCGCCGCCGCUAUGGCGAUGGCUGAGGCUGCAGAUGAGUGCCCGCCUGACGGCGAGGCGCUCGGCCGCGGCACCUGGGCUUUCCUGCACAGCGCCGCCGCCUACUAUCCCGCCACGCCGUCGCCGAUCCAGCGCGAGAGCAUGCUGGCGCUGCUGCGCGCCCUGCCGCACGUCUACCCCUGCGCUCCGUGCGCCGAGAGUCUGGGCGAGGAGCUGGAGCGGGAAGCACGUGCGGGCCGCUCUCACGAGGGCGGGCCCGCGCUGGCCGAUGCCGUGCACGAUGGGCCCAGCCUGCGCCGCUGGCUGUGCGGCGUGCACAACGAGGUCAACGAGCGGCUUGGCAAGAAGAAGGUGCCGUGCACCGAGGAGGUGCUGCAGGCGCGAUGGCGCGAUGGGCCGCCAGACGGACGCUGCGACGCAUAGCAAUGGAACGAACCGUCUCACUC